UCUAAGCAGCGGACGACGACAAUAGGAUAUUUGGGGCUCGACUACGCACGCGUUUUAGCCUGAAUGGAAAAAGGGACUAUUCGGGUGGUUGCAGAAGCAAAAAUGGUUGCAGAGCCAGAGACAUACAAAUUAGAGUUUGUCUUGUGUACAUGACAUCUUUUUGCCGAGCGUUUGCUCCAAACGUACUUCCUCUUAACUUAGUUCGAAUUGUGUUUUCGUAAUGUACCCUGCCUAAUCGCUCCCUCCCCCUGGUUUUUUUUCCCGCCACAUGGAACCGAGGCUUGUCCAGCGGCCUUCAUCCCGUUUAAACAGCAAAGAUACUUUUCCUCGAUUGCUUUGAUUGCUCUGCGGAGGUCGUAAGCGGAUAAUUGGCAAUAAAGUACCAGUUAUGUAUUUCUUUUUAUCUCAGAGUAUUCUUCCUGUCGUAUUUGCCGUGCUAGUGGUAUUGAUUACUUGGUACCUAUGGCGAAGAAUGGUUAAGGGGCCAGGGUCGAAUUCUGGGGAAGAAACACACACAGUGACGGCAAAACAGAAGGAUGAUGAUAACAAUGAGGUGACAGUUGAGGAGGCUACAAAGUUUCUGGAAGGAGCAGGAAUUAUAAAGGCAAAAGAUAUUCAUUACCUCAGUGAGGAUGAAAAAGAGAAGAUUUGUAGAGAGUCUAGUGAACCCAUCUCAGAGGAGCCAGAAAAGAGAAAGGAGAAAGAAAUAACAAUGGCAGAUGCUUCCAACAUUCAGACUUACUACAAGUCAAGUCGAUUGGGUAUCAAAGAUAUUGAAAACCAAAUGACUGAAGAGGAAUUGGAUCAAGAAAAAGAGAUGCAGAGGAAACAGCUGGAAGAGAUUUUCAAGCUGCUAGAAAAUGAUAAGGACAAGUAUGGUGUAACAACAAUGGAUGAUCUACAAGCACAGAUGAAGUUAUACACGAGAUAGUACUCUAAUGAUUAACUUGUUAUUUUGUGUAAAGAGAUCAGGAUAACUCAAGCAGUUAUUUUGAAGUCAUCAGUAUGUAAAAAUAAUUUAUUUGCAGGGUUGACUUAAUUACAUAAACUAAAGAGUAUGUUUUCUGUUUUUAUUUA